AUUUCAGAAACGCCUACAAUAGAACCAUCAACGACCAUCCCCUUCCACCAUCUAAGAACAAUAUGGUCCGAUAACCGCCUCGAUAUUGUCGCCGUAGAUGCCCUCUGUCCGCCUGCCCGAUGCCAGGUGUCGAGCCUACGCAGACCUACCGGUUCUUCCUUUCCUCGCGCCGAGUGCUUUCCACGAGUCUCCUUUUCUGGGGACAAAGCCGCUAUGCAAUGGACGGCCACAUACACCUAGGGUGAAUAAUGAGAACGAGAAAUAUGUACAAAAUCAGAAGCAGUCGGGAAGAAAGUAUGGGCUCCAUGGAAAGGUUUUCACGGCCUCCAAGCACGGUGUCGUAGGGUCGAGUCAACGACCUAUCGCACCAUCAUUCAAUUGGAGAUGGGACAGCAUUCCAUGCUCAACUGGCUUUCUACUUCCACAAACCCAGCACAGAGAAUAUUCCUCAGCUUCAGGCGCAAACGCUCAAGAAGUUUCCAGCGAGGCACCUCCCGAAUCAAUAGGGACAUCGUUGAAUCUGAACCCCUCCGAGCUCGGUGAGCCCAACACGAUUGCAAGGCUCCCAGCUGCCAUAAAAAAUGUUCAGUCAAAGCGCAGUACUGUAUCCAGGGUUACAUACAUUGAGCAUCGGGUUUCUCGAAAACGACCCACAACACCUCGUCCUAGCAUCCGUCAAACGACGCAGAGACUAGUCAACUUCCAGAAUCACGUUGGGAAAAGUAGCAAUCUACAUCUCGUAGAUAAACGCCGGGAAAUACCAAUCCAAAAGCUACUUCGGGAUAUCAAGAUCUUUGAAUCAUAUGCUCCAGACGCCCGACGUACUAGACUGCUCCAAAGGAGUAGAUACCGGGCUCUUACGCGCCAAUUGUGGACUUACCAACGAAAAGCUCCGGAAAUUCUUACCUUGUCAAGUGACACGACUCCACAUGAUGAGGCAAUCGUUAUCAGAGCCUUCACGGCUCUGGAUCGAAAGAUCUACCCUUCCUUAGAACGGAGAAGUCACAAGAUCGUGAUUCGAUACCCCUCCGAAAUCGGCACUUGGCUUCGACAACUUCAGAAUGGAAUCCCCCAUGGAAGACAUAACGAGGAGCAGAUGCUGAAGAAUUGGGGAGAACUCGGCGAAGCAGAGCGAGAUCAAAGAUGGCACCACUUACUCCUAUACCUCCUCAGCAAGGAUCCAGACAGCGCCCUCCAAUUCAUACGAGUCCUGCUACGCGAGCCUCACGUUCGGAACUGGAAUGCAGUUAUUGUCGCCGACGCUCUGGAGCACCUAGCGAGGCUGUACAGAAACAGAGAGUCUCUGGGAUUGGUCCUCAAUUACUCCUUAUACCUCGUGCCAACACUCCACGCUUUCAUUCGAGAUGGAUCCGCCAACAUGCUUAGUGUGUGCUCGCAAGACUUGCUAUACAAUGCCGCAAAGCUAGCAGCCGCAUCCGAACUGAAAGCCUUGUACGAUCUGUUGAUAGAGAAGAACUAUCAUAUGGGCUUCAACACACGCCUGCAGUAUGCUCAUUCGUUUACCAUUUGCAGCGAGCACGAUCAUGCCAUGAAAUGUCUCGCCGGAGCUAUCGAGAAGAAAGAUGUAUCCGAACUAAGCAGAAGACUUAUGCACAGCAAGCGCUGCGUCAGAAUCUGCGCUUUGGUGCUCCGUAAAUGUGUCCAGGGUGGUAAGAACUACCACCUGAUGAACCAAAUAGUCGCGAAGCUUCUCGAUCUCGGUAUCGAGCUUGAUGUACAUCUCUACAACGUCAUCAUGAGCAAUGCUAUGGAGGCUGCAGACCCUGAUACCGCAUUCCAAGUAUUUGGAGCCUUAGGGAAGACAAACCUAGAACCGGACAAGUUCACUUAUUCUAUCCUUCUCCAUGGUUGCACCAUGUCCAACAAUACCGCCAAUCACCCUGACUUCGUGGAGACUUGCAAGCUGAAGGCGCAGGAGCUGGGGGAUCCAUGGCUAGCAACUGACUGCCUCUACAACCUCUACGUUCGACACCAAGAUUCAAGUAUUCAGGAAAUAAGCUCGGUUCUCACGCACCUAUACGCACAGCUUUUCGACACGAGGCCCCUUAGUCCUUUUGGCAUCUUCAGCACAGAACAAGCAGGAUCUCCAGCAGCUCCAGCAGAACAAGCGCCCUUCGGCCUUGAACCUACCUCUAUCGCACUAUACCUGAUGCUGCAGAUCGAGAUCCGAAAGGCGCAGUCCCUAGGCACGACACACGUCUGGCGCCUCAUGGAAUACUUCAUCCGCCUCGUAACCGAAGACCAAGUCCCCCAGCUCACCCAACUCGCCAAGGACACGCGCAUCUGGAACGCCUUCCUGUACGCCUUCUGCAAAGAGCAGCAAUUCGAAAGCGCCUCGCAGCUCAUCUCCAAGAUGGCGAAGGGCCACAUCCCCGGCGUGCCCGCCCCGGACGUCUUCACCUGGAACAUCUUCAUGCAGGCCUUCUUCAGGACGCGCCAGUUCCGCGCCGCGGAACGCAUCUUCGAGAUGAUGAAGGCGAGAGGCGUCGAGCCGGACCAGUACACGUACGGUGUCAUGCUGAGGGGAUAUGCCAGUGCCCAGCACGUGGAGAGGCUCGGACAGAUUCUGCCGCAUGUGAACGACGGGCCCUUGCCGGACAGUCUCGUGCGGGCGCUGAUGAAAGUGGUCGAUCGGGCGAAGUUGGAAAUGGAACUCGAGAAGGCGGAGAAGAUCACGCAGAGUAGGAAGCAAGCUCAGGUCGAAGCUGAGCAGGAAGAGAUGGCGCGGCGUUGGGAUGCAUCGGUUCCUACUCCUCCCGCGGAGCAGAGGAUGAGCCUGUCUGCCUCGAGCAAUUGGGCGAAUCGAUUGCAGUCUCCGAACGUUUUACGUCGUAAUACAUCUUCGUGAUGCCAACUGAGACUGGCAUCAGGAGAAUCAUUCUUAGCGUGUACAAUUUCACAAAUAUUGCGCUUCCCUUCUCACGAGCUUUGUAACAUUACUACUUCAAUCCAAGUAAAACAUUUGAGCGCAUCAUGUAUCAUAAUAGAUACGGGCUUUGCUACACACGUAUAGCUACAUACCGUACUUACUUCAAGGCAAAUAAAAUCGUCAUGGCCUACGUAUAAAAACCCAGCCACCCAACCAACUAGCAAAAAUUC